AUGGCCGGCACCCCAGUGUCGAUCCCUGAGGGCGCCGAGCGCGCGACCGUGGCCGCGGGCUGCUUCUGGGGCGUCGAGCAUCUUUACCGCAAGCACUUUGCCGACAAGGGCCUGUACGACGCGCGCGUGGGCUACAUUGGCGGGGACACGUCGAGCCCGUCGUACAAGGCUGUCUGCAGCGGCAACACAGGGCACGCAGAAGCGACCCUCCUGAUUUACGACCCGACCCGGCUCAGCUACACCCAACUCCUCGAGUUCUUCUACCGCAUGCACGACCCGACAACACCCAACCAGCAAGGCCCGGACCGCGGCACGCAGUACCGCAGCGGCAUCUUCUACCACACGCCCGAGCAAGAGCGGAUGGCACGUGACGUGACACGGCGCGCCAACGAGCAGUGGUGGGGCGGCCGGGUUGUGACCGAGAUCCUGCCGGCCAAGCAGUGGUGGGACGCCGAGGGUUAUCACCAGCUGUACCUGACCAAGAACCCGCAUGGCUACGAGUGCCCGAGUCAUUAUCUGAGGACAUUUCCUGAGUUGAAGUAA